CAAAUAUGGCGGAUUGUGGAUGAAAAGUCAAACUUGACAUUGACUUUCAUCUAAAAAAUGAAUGAUGAAAUAAUCGCUACUGAGGCGAUGACUAUGUGCAAUGGAAAUAAAGAGCUAUGGUUGAAAUUUUCCAAGAAGAACAUGACAAACAUAUUGCGGAGAAAUUAUCAAAAUGUCUGAUCCAAUUAGCGAGGUGGCCUUUUCGCAGCCAAAACUUCCAGCCAUCGGAGAUUCAAGGAGUUUGGUCUCACAACCCACCAUUACCACUUCUUCAAGCUUGAGUGAUGCUAGCGAUCAAGGGAGGCUGAAUACUUCUCGGCCUAAGAGUAGCGUCGAUUUGGAUAAUGGCGAUGUUCAAAUUUUGCUGCAACAAGUUUCACGCAGUUUCGUGAACGCUUUGCAGCAAAACACGAAACAGUCCUGGUAUCACCUCUGCGAAGUUCUGGAUAUUAUCGAGCCAUACUCGCACUUUUUGAGUGGAACUCCACAAAUAAGGCAUUACGUUGACCGUGUUUACGUUAAAAUCAAAGCAAGCGGGGAUGAAAAUGAUUGUGGAUUUGUGGAAAAGAAACUGCUGGCUGUCUUUCCUGACGAGUUAUCUGUCUCCCUCGGAGGUACUAGACAACAAGCUUUCUCAUUUCCAACUGAACCUUCUGUGGACAGUCUAUUUACCCCAAGGGGGCAACAGCCAUCGUUAUAUAAGGGGGUAAAAGUCCCCCGUGGGGUGCCAAUUUUUCCUGGGGGUACCACAUACAUUUUUGAUCAUUCAGAUGGAGAUGCAAAAAGUCAUGGUCCGAAGCCAUUGUGUAUGGAAGAUCUCAAAAGAGCUCUUCCAGGAGUAGUGCGAGAGAUAGCUAUCAGAGAAGCCACACUGGGAGGAUCAUUAGGAACAACUGCAUUAGCAUUGGAUAUUGAUCUCCCACAAACACAUGUUCCCACUCCUCCAUCUAUUCCAAGGGGGUCACCAAGUUCUCCUGUCAUCAGGAUACCAUUGCCUGAAUCAGGGAGGGUCACUCAACAGAGUGACGUUAAGAGAGGGAUGUUGGGAAAGACUGGCAGAGAAGUUGUGGAAAAUUUUGUCAAAGGACGAUUCCUUGGUCAAGAAAAUUUUGCCUUUUUGAAUGUUGCACCUUCAGUGCGUUAUGAUCCAUAUAACCUGGUGGUUGUCCCUGAGGAUAAAGUGAAUCCUGAACAUUAUGUGAUUUCAUCACAUUGUGUUUUGCAUGUGAACCCUAAUGGUCCAUCAGAGACACAAUCAUUGGCAGAAUGGUACAGAGAAGCAUGCUUGUUUAAAGCAAUUUCAAAUAUUGGUUUUUUCAAGAACUUUGUCGUCACCAAAAUGUUCAGGAAAUGGAAGGAUAUAAAGAAAUUCAGUCAGUUUCUCAAAGUUGAAGCUGAGAUUGAGAAGUCUCUCAUUUCAAAUGUCCCCAGUUUUGGAUCAGCUUUAAUAAGGAUUUCAAGUCUCCUUCAGGACCUGGAAAAGGUCACUUUUUUACCAUUUCAGAUCAAUUUCUCAUAUUCCCUGGAGGAAUUUGAGGACACUAUUUUCAAAACUUGUGGCACAGGUUACAAAUACAUGGAAAAGUUUUUCAGCUACUGCCAAAUGAUUGUAGAUAAAACACAGGAGAGUUGUUUUGAAUAUCUAGAGUACUGUGAAGGGCAAGUAAAAAAUCACCGCCAUAACUAUCAGGAAUCACUAGCAGUUGCAAAAAAGAAGAGAGCAGUCAGACAACACAAUUUGAAGCUUGCUCGAGAUGAGGUUCAAAGGCUUGGAACCUUUGUACGUUUGGUGGACCACAUUAUUGUUUCGAAUCUAUUGAAAUUAGUUCAAAGGAACAUUUCUAGAUUUGUGGAUGAAGCAAUGCCUGGCCCACGACCUGAAAGGGAUGGGCUUUUUUCGGCUGAAAUUGUGUUUGGGGAUGACCACAAGCUUACUUUGUCGCCAUCUGUAAAGCAGUUUUCUCAUGCUGUGUCUGUUGCAGUGGGGAGUGUUAUAAGUGCUUCCUGUAAUCUCUCACAUGCCAUGGAGCUGGGAAGCAAAGCUAAACAUUUCCAGGAGAAAGCAGAGAAUGGAAUGCAUGAGCAAGUGGAUUAUAGUGAACCAAAUGAUUUUGAUUUAAGUGACUCCAUGAAACAAACAAAAGCUGGAGACAGACCAAGUGACAUUGAUAAGCUGAUAUAUGGUACUGACAAACAAUCUGAAACCUUAAUGACUGGUGGACAACAACCCACGUCUACCAACACGACAGCACAUCUGCAAACCCUGCAAAGAGAUGAUCAAGGUGAUGUCCCAGAAAUUUUUGGAAGCCCAACCACAGUCACAAGGACAGAUGAUGAAAUCUAUGAAGACUUGGAUGGUUUAAAUUCUGAACUGUCAAGUGCAAGAGAGAUGUCAAGACAGGCCACUCUUCAACUGUGCUUUCGGCAAAAGCCUGAUGGAGGCCUUCUUGUGGAAGGGCAACGCUUCCAGGAUUUUUUAAUUGAUAGGAGUCCUCUGACCAAGGAGAAACUAAUGGAGAUAAUCCACAAGAAUAAACAGAUCACAGAGGCUUUUCAGCGACAAGCAGAUCUGCUAUCACAAGCCACUGAAGAAGUGGAGCAAUUUUGUGAUGAUCACAGUUGGGUGGCUGUAAUCCAUGAGUUUGUUUCUUCUUGGGGAAGUGGUGACACACAUAAGUUGAGAGGUCAACAGACCAGUAAGAUUGAGCAACAACUGAACCAGAUCAAGACAUGGAAAGAACAAGUGUUCAGCAUGGCCAAGAGUUUUUGCACUCAGGAUGGAAUAUUCUUUGUGGACUGCCAUAAAGUACAGGAAGUGCUUCUUCCACAAUUGAACACCAUCUUUAAGGAGAUGAUGCAGUUGAUCAUUACAGAUGUCAUUACAUUUUCUGAUGAGGUGAUCAAGGAUGUUGACAAGCUAUCUGAGCUUUUGAAAGAUCAGAAGACAGACAUCAAGGGAUUUUCAGAUUUCAUCCAAAAGCUUUCAACUGUCAAAAAGCAUGUGCUUAGUUUGAAGGAGAAGGUGGAGUGCAUCAAAAAUCUUUAUGAGGUGAUCAGGAGUUGUUACAGGCAACUGACCCCUGAAGAGGAAAUGAUGGAAGAAAAGGUCUGGGCCACUUGGGAAAGUUUCUUGUUUGGUCUGCAAGAAGCAUCAGACUUUGUCGAGGUCCACAAACCACAAGUCUCAGCAAAGCUGAUAGAAAUAAUCCGUGCACUACAAUGUACUGCUGAAGAAAUUGGCCAGACUGCUACUACAGGGAAAUUUCUUGAUCCAAAUGAGAAGCCAUCUUCUAUCUUGCAGGACAUGAGGGAGCUGAAAGAGAAAUUUGUUGGAAUUCGUGACAAGCUAUCAGAACUGAGCAAGUGCCAAGCUAUUAUGCUUGGGAGUGAAUAUGACUUGGGACACAUCACUGGCAUCCUCCUUGCCUUGGAGAAAAGGCAAGAGCUAUGGAAGUAUUGUGAUUCAUCAUCCUAUACCAUUCGGGAGUGGAUGCAGACAGUUUUCAAGAAGAUGAAUGUUAAGAAGGCAAUGGACAAACUCUCAGAAUGGGCCAAUGCUGGAGAGAAACUGAGAAGUUAUCUUCCUGAGAAUGAUGAAGUUCUGGUUUCCUGGCUGUCUCAGUUGGAAGAGUUUUCUCAAGACUUGCCUUUCCUACUUCAACUCUCUAGCGAUGCUCUCAAGCCUCGACACUGGAGAGCUUUGUUCAUAGGAAUGGGCCAAGAUUAUGAUCCUUCCUGGGAAUUCACAGUGGCAAACCUUCUUUCUUUCAAUCUUGGCCGCUAUAAAGAUUUAAUAACAACAGUCUGUGCAGGGGCUGCAGCAGAAUAUGCACUAGAACUUCAACUUUAUCACCUGGCUCGUGCCUGGGAGGAGAAAGACUUCAAGCUCGCAAAGCAUAUUCCACUGUUGAGACCACGACUGGGAGGUUGGCAGAAAGGUGGUGCUAAAGGGAAAAGGAACACUAGGCAAACUGGAGCUGAGAAGGCAAACGUGAAGGUGAAACCCAAGACACCAGCCUCUGUACCAGAUAUGUAUAUCCUCAUCGGGAUUGGUGAAUUGAAGUGCAUCAUCGAGGAUAAUCUCGUCACUUUGCACAUCAUGCUGACAUCUCCUCAUGUUGCUGACUUGAAAUCAAUGGUAGAAACAUGGAUCACAAACUUGCAGGAAAUUGAGAGCAUUACAGACAUUUGGGCAGACUGCCAAAAGAAGUGGCUUUACCUCAGCAAUGUUUUUGCGGAGCCAGAAUUAAGAAAGUCUUUGGAGAACAGCAGCCAAAGUUACCUUAAAGUUGAUGAAAAUUACAGAGAAUUUGUUCAAGUAAUCUUGAGGGAUCCCAAAGUCCUAUCGGUGUUGCCUUUGAAGAAACGAGGGGAGAAGGGCUGGAGAGAUCUGCAGGGGGAUACCCUGAGGGAACAGCUGCUAGAACUGACCAGAAAAGAGGAGGAAUUGAUAAAAAUGGUGGCUGAAUACAUAGACAAAGCCCGAGUCAUAUUUCCACGGCUCUACUUCCUCAGCGACAACGACCUACUCGGUCUGUUAGCUUGGUCCCGUAAUCCAAAAGACUUGCUACCAUUUGUAAGAAAGUGUUUUCCUGGCAUAAAGAACCUUCAGUUUGCUUUGCCAAGAGAUGGUAAUUUAAGGCUAGCCAGCACUUUGGACACAGCACUGAAUGCCCAUCUUUUGCAAGUCACUGCCAUGGAGGGUGUGUUGGAAGAAGUAGUUCCUCUUCUAUCAGUCAUUCCCGCUUCGCCACGUCCACAAAGUUGGCUCGUCACACUCGAGGAGAAGAUGAGGAACACAUUAGUCAAGAGUCUUGCUGAAUGUGUGGACAGAAGGCUCAGGGGAAGACUGAGUCCCAGCAAACUUUUGGAAUCAAUAACUUCAUUUGGGGAAAAAGUUUUUCUUCAAAGUUCUAACACUGCGAGUGAUUCCAAGCAGACUUCGAAAGAAGAGCAGCGUGAUAGCUCGCAAGCAGACCACGUUUACUUGAAAUUUCCAAGUCAGUGUGUUGUAACAGCAGAGGCAGUUCUUUGGAACAAGGAAAUGACUGAGGUGUUACAAAAUAAAAGUCUGCGGGGGCUGUCUAACCUCAGGAAAUCACUUGUCAGUUAUGUGGAUGAACUUUCACAGACUAUCAGGAAGAACUUGGAGAAUGAAUGCCGUGUCUCAGCUCAUAGUCGUCUUGAGUUGCUUUUAUCUGCUUUAGUCGGCCUGGUGAUAAAUCAGAGAGACAUUGUGACAGAAUUCGUCAACAAUGGGGUCUUGGAUGUAAACAGCUUUGAAUGGAGUAGCCAGCUUCAACACCAUAUAGAGCUGAACAAGAUAAUUACAUCACGUUACCAAGGAGAAGACAACGGAGAGAAUCAGAUCUUAGCUGGGUCUUCUACCAUUCCUGUAGAGCAUUUAUAUGAGAUUGGCUUGUGCAGCUUACAUCAGCUUGGCACCAACUUUGCGUAUGGCUAUGAGUACCUUGGGCCCACGCCUAGGCUCGUAGUCACACCACUGACGCAGAGAUGCUUCCUCACUCUGACCAUGGCGCUACGGUCCCAUCAGUGUGGUGUUCCUGUGGGACCCGAUGGUAUUGGGAAGACUGAGACUAUUAAAGACUUGGCUAAGGCUCUUGGAAGACAUUUGGUCGUUUUUAACUGCUCAGAACAGCCGACUACCUCGAUGUUUGUCCGUUAUUUAUUUGGUAUGAUCCGGUCAGGCAGCUGGGCCUGUUUUGAAAAUGUCGAUUGUGUCGAGCCUGGCAUUUUGUCCUUCCUCGGUGAGCAUCUGGCGAGCAUCAGAACAUCCAUGAAGGCCUUGGAGAGGAUUGUUGUUUCUCAGUACACUGCUAGAGGAAUCUCCAAGACAGACAAUCUAGAGAGCGAAACAGUCAAAAGAAGAAACAGUGUUACGACAUUAGGUUCACUCCCACAAGAAGCCUUUUCAUCAUGUUACAGAUCGGAGUCUAAAUCGGGAAGCCACGUCGCGAAACGAAAGAGGCACUUGUCAAUCUCUAAGAUAUGUGAUCUCGAAGAAGGAGAUUACUUUGAGAAUGAAACACCGCAACCAUUAUCCCCGUUAGAGCAACAACCUAAGUUUCCCCCGACGUUCCAUAACAAGAUGGCGAAAGUGUACAAGAAACAAACCAGCCUCAGAGAGUUUGAAAUGCCUCUACUGGGAAACAUCGUGUUCGAAGGGCAGCUCAUGGCAGCCAGUGCAAUGUAUGGUUGUUUCAUGACCAUGUCUGGUAAAAACUGUUUCAACGCUGAUCUUCCAGAAAACUUCAGGGCUCAACUCAGGCCCGUAUCGAUGGUCUUUCCGGACUACCUUCCUGUGGUGGAAAUAUGGUUGGUGUGCUGUGGUUUUACUGAAGCCAAGUCUCUUGCUAUGAAGAUCAACACAUUCUUUAAAUUAAUCAAUGAACAGGUGUCUUCCCAACCUCAGUACUCAUUUGGAUUGCGCAGCAUGAAAAUGGUGACUACCUUAGCUGCAACAGAGCUUCAGAAAGAAAUGACCAGAAAGAGGCGACCUACAAUAAGUUCUAUUACUGAGGAAUCGCCGAGUGAAAAUGCAGAGAGGAAGACGAGAAGUCCUUUUCUUGAGACCUUGGAAAGACGUCAAGCUGAGGAGAAUGCUAUAGUACAUGCUUUGUUUUCGUACUUUGGAAAGAAGCUGUUGGGGAAGGACAAAGAUCUGUUUUCGCGUGGAGUUGACGAAGUCUUCGCACACAGUGUCUUGAUGUCGGUAUCUACUGAAGGUGAUUCAAAGCUAGUUGAAGAAGUAAAAGACCAUCUUCAAACAAACGGACUGCAAGUCAAACAGGAAUUGGUAUCAAAGAUUAUUCAGCUUCAUACAACCCUUCAAACAAGCCGUAAUGUGAUCCUUUUGGGGUGCCCAGGUUCCGGUAAAUCAACGAUAUAUACCACCUUGGCAAGUGCUCUUAACAGUAUGAACGGUCAAACAACUCAGCCUGUUGUGAAGCACCGCAGACAAGCAGGCUCAGAGAGAAGGGUGAGCACUUCCUUCAGACCCGCGGCAAAGGUCCCAGUUGAGGAAAUCAAAGAUGUCCAGUGGCCAAGGGUUGAUCUCUCCAUCGUUUUCCCAAAAUCACUGACCUGCGAAGAGUUGUUUGGAAGACAACACCCGGAGACUGACCUAUGGAUGGACGGUCUGGUGUCUAAGUGGCUUAGAGACACAACUCUUACGUGUGAUACCAUGACCGAGCUUCUUUCGAGCCAGUCAUCUGAAAAACAACGCAUUGCUCGUAUGAUGGGUUCCCUGUCUCACGUAAAGAAAUGGCUAGUGCUUGACGGACCAAUGGAUGACGCUUGGCUAGAGAGUAUGGGGACCCUGUUGGAUUCCACUAGAGCUCUCAGUUUGCCCAACGGAGAAUCCAUUGCUCAGCCAGAAACUGUGACACUUCUUUUCGAGGUGACAGAAAUAAUCCAUGUAUCUCCAGCAUUAGUAACACGCUGUGGUCUGCUCUACUGUCCUCAAUCACUUGUGGGAUGGAAACCAAUUUUUAGGUCCUGGCUGAAGGGGGCGCACACGCGCUGGGAGAUCACAAAUAGAGGUUUGGGAAUCAUCUCGUGUUUGAUGGAUCACGUGGUGGAUUCUACACUGUACUUCCUUAGUCAUCACUGUGAAUCCAUACUGACCUCUGGGUACAGCUCCAUAAACAAGCCCUCCAAGACAGCCACAGGGGUGCAUGAAGUACAGUCACUGUUACGCUACCUCUCCGCCAUCUACGAUAGACACAUCCUACGAGAGGAUGAAGACAGUCAGAUCCAGAUGAUAAACCAGAGGAACCGACAGACCUCCGUGAGUUCUGGUAGCAGCAGGCACAGCUCAGGAAUUUCCGCCAGUGACACAGGAAGGGUCAUUAGUUCCUUUGCUUUCGCCUUCAUUUGGGCUUUUGGCGGUCAUUUGCACGAAAGAUGCGCUGAUAAGUUUGAUGAGCAUACUCGGCAGCUGUUGUCUGCUGGCCCGUAUCCAGUCCUUAUACCUCCUGAUGGAUCAGUAUACGACUACUGCCUAGAUUUCAGUAAAGGUGGCUUGGUAAAGUGGGAGGGAAGACCUGGAUCACAACUGAAGACACUACCCUCAUCUUACACCGUCGUUACCGAGUUGGAUCGCUAUUUUUACCUAAUAGACCUUAUGUUAUCUGCACAUCAGCCAUUGCUGCUGGUUGGUCCAUCAGGAAUUGGAAAGUCUUCCCUAGUGCAGAACUUGAUCAACCCACGCUAUAACUCGACACGAAUCUGUCUAUCCGCUGGCCUGACCUCGAAACUGCUCCAAGAGGCGAUCGAACAUAAGCUUCAGCAAAUUCAACGGAAGGAGAUGACCCAGUUAGCUUUUACAAAGGCGAUACCAGGAGCUGCUGCUCCGAAGAAUCUACCCGUUGCAAAGUCUCGCGCUCAUCUUAUGUUUCUUGAUGAUCUCAACUACGCCGCCUCUGAUAAUUUCGGAAUUCAGCCUCCACUUGAACUUCUCCGACAAAUCCUCUCACAAGGAACAUUGUACAACAAACAGAGACAUCACCUGUAUAGGGUGCAACACCUCCAGUUCAUGGCCGCCUGUGUUCCUCCCGGUGCGGCUUCGUCUUGUGGAGGGGUAGCUUCAUAUGCCAUCAGCCAUCGCUUGUCUAGGCUGAUGACGGUCUUGUCAUUCUUUCCCUUGUCUUCUGAGUCACUGGAGAAUAUUUACUCGUCAGUAUUUCAGACCUGGUUGGAAGAGUUUCCAGCGUAUUCGAUAAGCCACCAUGAGCAUUUGGCCAAGGCGCUGUCGUCGGCGUCCAUUAAGAUGUCCAACACCAUUCAAAGGGAACUUCGCCCUACCCCGCUUCAUCCUCAUUUCCUGUUUACCCAGCACGAGCUGUCUAGGGUGGCGCAGGGUAUGUCCCUCCUCUCGUCUAAGAGCCGUGGACGUCCAAGACCUCGUGCGAGGAGGCGAGCUGGCACAGGAAACGACUUGGAGGGGGAAGCGAAGGCUGAAGCCAUUGGCGAUGUGAAGAGUGAGUCCAGUAUUCAUGGAAAGGAGAGGUCACAGCGUAGAGGGAAUGUUGGUAGAGGACGAAGUUGGCCCUCUCUCACAAACGGCCCGGUAGAGUCCGGAAUGUCCGCGAAGACGCCCGCUGCUUUGUCACCAAUGAUUCGUUCUCUCCUUCGCUUGUGGUGCCACGAAAGUACUCGAACCUAUAGUGAUCGCCUUCUAACCGAGGAACAGCGCUACUGGUUCUCGUCUUUGUUGCACGAGACCGUUGAGGAGUUUUUCUGUAAGACUGCCUCGGACCUGGGCUCCGAGGUGUUCUCUGUUGAGCGAUCCGUGAUGCAGAACUCUCAAGAGGCUUUGCCUGGUAGAAAUGCUCCCCCACCUACGACUAGUGACGAACAGAUCCAAACCAUAGGAGAGUCUGAGGCACUAUUACAAUCGGACGACUCCUUAGCUGUACCAGGUCGUGAACCGCAAGACUUGAGCGAUGAAGACGCUGGAGAGGAAGGAGAUAUUGAUGCUAUUCCCACUCAAGAAACUCCUGAACCAGGGGAGGAUUUCGAUGAAAUUGUUGGAGAUACCACAGAAAAGGAUGUCACGAACAGGGAAAUUCUUCCUGAAAAACAAAAUGGAAAUGAUGAAAAUUUAGGUGAAGGAGAAGUUCCCGAAGACGAAACGCUAAGUCGAGAGCAGAGUUUGAUAGCAAACACUGUGGUCCAUCAGCCUGCAAGAGUAAAGGUCACGUUUGACGACACCAGUGGUGCGAGCUACGACAAGAACUACAAUGGUCCUUUGAUUUCAUCAGAGCAGCUGGCUUUCUCUGGAGAGGAUCUCACAGAUAUUGUGUUCUGUAAGCAUUUCAAUGUGUCUGUGACCGGACGAGAAAGUAGCGCCAGCGAAGUUGCAAGCAAGAACUACUUGGAGUGUGCUGAGAGCAUCUUGGAACAAGGGAUAAAGAGAUGUCUAGUGUCAUAUAAUGACAAGGUGGCUGAAUCAUCCAGUGCCAAAAUCAUGAACUUGGUGACAUUUCGUGAGGCACUUCAUCAUGCGGCGCGUUUGAGUCGAGCAUUGGCCACACCAGGAGGUCAUUCUCUGUUGCUAUCGGAUCUUGGUUACGGACGAAGGACCCUAACAAGGCUCACUGCACACGCAGCUUGCUGCAAGUUGAUAGAGCUACAGCGCAGCCAGUUUCAGAACCAGGAGGACUUCAGACAACAGAUCAAAGUGGCAUCAUUUAUUGCCGGGCUUCAAGGGAAACCCGUAGUGUUGUUUGUACCAGAAGGCGUUGAUGAUGAAGCCAUGCAGGACAUUUGCUCACUAAUGGCAGAAGGGACAUGUCCAGGUCUCUAUACACAUAAUGAGCUGUUCAUGAUCUCCAACCAGCUUCUUCCUGGAGGAAAAAGAGGUGCACGCAGAGUAGAAAACCAAGAUAUUGCUCAAGACCGAUACUUCCGCCGCGUCAAAUCACACAUCCACGUUGUCGUCUGUUUGAAAUACAAAAAGCUCGACUUGUCCAAUUCCUUAGAGAGGAAUCAAUUAUACAAGUUUCCAUCCUUGGUAAAAAGAAGCUGCUGUGUUGAUGUCUAUAGGGCUUGGCCGCACGAGGCGCUUGUUAGUGUGGCAGAGAAGUUGCUCGAUGAGGAAGAAAGUGUGCUUAGUCUUGUACCAUUAAAAAGACGCGAGCGAGACUUACAAUCCGUGGCCAUAUGUUCAAUAAUGGCUCACGUUCAUCUGUCUUCUAGAAGCAUGGCGGAAAGGAUCUACGGGGUCAAGGCGUUAAAAUUUUACUCGCCUGAUACGUAUUUGGAUUUUGUAGACUUAUUUCGGAAGAUCUGCAGAAGGUUAUGUGCGAAAGAAAAGGAAGUGGUGGCUCAUCUUGACAAGGCGAUUAAGAGGGUUGAGGAAGCUACUCACAGCUUAAACAAGAUGCAGAAAGAAUUGAAUAGCCUUGCUCCAGUGUUCGAAGUGUCCAAGACGGACGUGCAGUUGAGGCAGGAGACUGUGGAAGCGUGUCAGAAGGAGUACACUGCCGCAAUGGAGAGGUGUAAGAAGCAAGAAAAGGACAUCGAGGACAUGCAGAUACCUAUAGAGCUCCUCAGGAAGGAGGCACAAGCAGAAUUUGAAAAGGUCAACCCGUUAUUUGAUGCGGCAUGGAAGGCUAUCGACUCAUUAAAUAUUCACGACUUGGAGGAAAUCAGAAGUUACCGAACUCCACCUGCGCUGGUUACCCUUGUUGUGAAUGCAAUUUGCCUCAUGUUUGAAAAGGAACAGACGUGGGAGGAAGGAAAGCUUCUACUCAACCGAAACAACUUCUUUAAAGACUUGGAAUUUUACAACAUGGCCGAAAUGCGGGAUUCUAUUUUUGAAGGACUCAAAACGUUCUACUAUAACCCGUUAUUCCAAGCAGAUGUUGUCCAAGAUGGAAGUAUGGCCGCCAGGUCUUUGUGUUUGUGGGUGCGAGCUGUUUAUGAUUUCUGUUUAGUGAACAGAUCUCUAAAACCCAAACGGCAGCAGUUGGAGAAAGCAGAGCAGGAACUUGAAAAGGCAAAGUCCAUUCUGGGAGAGAUGAGAGUGAGAUGCAACGCCAUCAAACAAGAGCUUGAGUCGAACAUCCAGCGGUACAAAGAGAGUGUAAAGCAUUCAAGGACAGUUGAAAAACAGAUUCAAAACAUUGAAACAAUCAAAUCCAAAGGAGAUGCGCUUUUCGACAGCCUAUCCUCCUACUCUAAUAUCUGGCACAGUGGUCGAUUGCUCGCCCAACAGCAUCUGACUUCAGCACUUGGAGAUUCCCUAGUAACGGCUGCCGCAGUAUGUUACCUGGGUCCACUUAUCCCUGAAGCACGUGAUGAAUUAUUCACUGAUUGGCUGAGGGUGUGUGACGGGGUGUCCCGAGCGCCUCGUCAAGGCUUUCUUACUUUAUCGUCCGUGUCACUUGCUAAUUCCCGAAAGGAAUGCAAGUAUGAUGACAGUGAGACAGGAAGGGACUCCCGUCCUGCUACACAAUCCACUUUGGUAUCAACCAUAACCACGAACAUUGUUCCUGUCAGAGAGGACGUGUCAUUGAAGGCGAUAUUGGCGGCUCCCAACGAAUUAGAGGACUGGAGGAGAAAUGACCUGCCCACCAAUGAACAGGCGGUAAAUAACGCUUUGAUACUGAGAAGCUGUGGGGAUGAUAGAACACGCGCAUGGCCACUGUUGAUUGAUCCUCAUAAUCAGGCUGAGUUAUGGAUAAGAGCACUGCAUCAAGUAGAUGAAGCGGUGGAUCGUGCUCCCAGUAGUCGUCCAGACACCAGACAGUCAGGGCGGUCCUCUCGCCUAUCCGGAGGCUCAUCCGUUGACAUGGAAGCCUUCCCGACUCUUCAUUAUCCUCAUCUUCAACAGGCAUCUGAGGAAGAAUUUGAAGCUGAUCCGCAGCACUUCGACAGUGAGGUUGAUCAGUUUCUACAAUCCUUGAGAGAAAAUGACGAUCAAGAAUCCAGGUUUCCAGAGACGGAGACACAAGCCACUUCUAGGACGGAGCGCACAGCAGGCAGCGCUUUGACGAGCGCGAGUGACAAGAUGUUGAAAGAGAAACUGGCUGAAGCCAUGGGAAUACAGAUUGACAGCAGUCCUCUGCCGAUACCACCUGGUACCUCUCCAGUGUUAACUUUGAGUGAAGGACGAAUCCUUGUCGUUUCAGCUGAUGAUCCUUUACUAGUCGAAAAACUACAAGCCGCUGUCAAGAAAGGACUAGUGACACUGGUCACCCACGUUGAAAGACGACGCUGGAACAAAGCGCUGGAGCUGCUCCUUACUCGACAAACCUUCACCAACACUGAGGGUAAUCUUCAGGUGAUUAUUGGCAAGACUGUCGUGGAUUAUAGCCCUUCCUUCCGGCUCUACCUCAGUUCUACCUUGCCUUUGUUCAUACCUGGUGAAGGGCAAUGUCCGCUUCCAUUUUCCAAGGCGUGUACCAUCAACAUGAGUGUGAGCCGGGAGGGAAUCUGCGACGUGCUGCUAGCGGACACGUUACAGCUUGAAAGACCAGAGUUCGACGGACAGAUGAGAUCGAUCGACAGGGAUAUUGGUCUUCAUAAGCAACAGAUCAAUAAUGCCAAGGAGAACAUCCUUGAGAAGGUUCUGAACCUUAGUGGUCCUCUGCUGAAAGACUCUGCUAUGCUGGAUGCGGUGACACAGAGUAAAGAUCUGAUAUCCAUGGCAGAAGAUAGAUGCCGCGAAGCUGAGGUAAUGAAAACAGACCUACUAGCGAAGCAAAAUGAUUUUCUUCCUGUGGCUCAACAUGGAGCAUUGUUGUUCUCGGUUAUUAACGAGUUGCGUGAACUUCAUCCUUAUUAUCGCUUUCCACUGGAGUUAUUCAUUCAGCUCUUCCGCGACACUGUAGUCGAGAGGAACCGCGGAAAGAAAGGAAGCGGGUCACCGGCUGCCAGAGCAGCAGAACUCAUCACUGCUCUGUCUAGGAAAAUAUUUGAUCGUACCUCGUGGAGUCUAUUUCAAAGUGACAAUCACGUGUUUGCAUUCUUACUGGCCGCCGAGAAACUGAUGAACAGUAGAUCUGUGUCACGUGACGAAUGGCAGCUGUUUACUGAGGUUUCGAGAAGGUCCGAGUUGGAUCAUCCAGAAGAAAGCGAAGUGCUAAAGCCGUCGUGGAUCACGCAUAAGGUUUGGGAGUCUGUGGGUGACCUCGAGCGCCUUCCCGUUUUCAUUGGAUUGAAGCAAUCUGUCGCAGAACACUCGCAUCAAUGGCAGGAGUAUUUCAAUCUGCCUCCUGUACUUCUCAGUGUCACUCCUGGUGACUACAAUCAUCUGACCAUCUUUCAGAAAGCUUUGCUUUGGAAAACCUUCAAACGAGAUCAGUUAUUCCAUGUUUGCCAAGAGAUCGUUCUCUAUCAAAUGGGAGCCAAUAUGAUCCGGCCCUUGGGCUACGACCUGAGCCAAGUAUGCGAUGUCAUCAAUCGGCCUCGACCAGCGGUCCUCAUGCUGCCCUCACAGAACAUUCUUGAGCAAGGAGAGGCAACUGUGCUCAAAGAUCCAGUAACCGAUGUAGUUAACCUUGCCCGUGCACGGGGAAAAGACACGCCUCUUUUAAAGGUUACCUUCGGUGAAAAAGACGGUAUGGAGAAGGCACUGAAGGCUGUGAAGCGUGGUUUAAACACUGGAUGUUGGGUUAUUCUUGAAAACUGUCAUCUGGCGGCCUGUUGGUCUGACGAGCUCAUGCACGAAAUUGAGGAAAUGGUUAAUUUACCGGUGAUCGACACUGAAGGCGACUUAGAGUGGCACAAUAUCGAAAAUAACAGCGAUGCUAAUGCGGAAAACGGUUCGGCUGAAGAUGUUUUUGUCCAUCCCGAAUUCCGGCUGUGGUUGACCACCCGUACGGAUAUCGGUUUUCCGCUGCCUGCUGUCAUUAUACACCGAGGGCUCAAAUUGGCGUGUGAGGCGCAGGAGAGUUUUGGAAACGCGGUCAGGACAAAUUGUCAAGUGGCAACAGGAUCACUGAAUAAUGGCGUACCUCUUUGGGGAGAAGCAGCAAAGGGAUCAGUUUUUAUGAGUGAUGUUCCUCCCGGCGCGAUUUUCACCUUGGCAUAUCUUCAUACCUUGCUUCUCCAAAGGAGAAAAUUUGGAAAUUAUUCCUUUAGCUGUCCAUAUCAAUGGUCUCAGGUAGAUUUGUUAGCAGGAUUAGAAGCUUUACGUCAUCUGUCACGUGCUAGUCAUGGUUCGUUGCCGCUUGCAGCUGUGGAAGUCAUGUUGGGAUAUACUGCUUACGGUGGUCACGUGACAAAUGGCCUUGAUUUGGAUGCUGUGAGGUCCCUUGCGAACUCAGUUGCCACUGAAAAAUUGAAAAUGAAUUCUGUGCAGGAGACAUCAACAUAUGAACAAAUCGAGAAGUACGUGGAAGAUUUACCUGAAGCGUUAUCGUGUCAGCAACUUGGUCUGAGUGAUGUGUGCAGUUUAGCUUACCAGUCCAAACUCAGCAGUGCUCUCGCGGAACGACUGGCGCUCAGCGCAAGAUACCAACCUACCGCCCUUUCGAUUGAAACCCAUGUGAAGUCGGUUGCUGAGGAAACGCUGAAUAAACUCACAAACAUUUUAGACUUGAUCAAGUCACACGAUUUGGCGAGUAAAGAAACCACGGCUAUUGGGUCAUUUAUUCAGCGAGAACUCCUUUACUUCCAAAAUCUCUACGAAAGCACUUCGAGAGAGAUUGAACUCUUUAUUAACGCGUGCAGUGGACAUGUCGCCUUUACUCCAGAUCUGUAUAACAUAGCGUUGUCGCUAGGACGCUAUGCUGCUCCGUCAAAAUGGCUACUUGGCAGCACCCGGGAUAUGAGUCUAGCUGAGUGGUUAAAAGCCCUGGAGUCCCAAGUGAAAGCUCUUUGUUCGUACUCAUUGCCUUCGUCUCUUCAGCCCUCUUCGUAUUGGCUUGGGGCGUUUGCUCAUCCUCAGGCGUUUCUAGCAUGUGUACUUAUGGCUCAUGCGCGCUCUGCAAUGAAAUCUGUAUACGUUCUGGAGUUUUCGGUUGAGAUAAUGGAUCCAAAUUUCUCUCCCACUUCUCCACCAGAUCGUGGUAUAUUUCUCAGAGACUUGAAACUGAGUGGAGCAUCAUGGGAAGGCGGUCGCAGAUGUAUCAUUGAAGCACCUGAGUCACGUGACAUUUGCGAUUUGCCAAUCGUUUGGUUAAAGCCUGUGGAGGUUAUAAGAUCGCGGGCGCCAUCAGCCAAAGUUGAAAAACUGCAAAGCGAUUUGCCGUUUUUCAAUUGCCCUCUAUUUGUGGGGAAAAGCUGGGGCGAAGAUGCUUCAGCUCUUGUCACCAGUCUUCCGUUACCUACUGCCGUGCCGGAGGAAUUGUUAAAACAGCGAAGAAUGGCGAUUGUAUCCCAUACUUGUUAAGGACGACAGUGUCUAUAUCAUCCAUUGAUCCAUAAUUUAUUUAAAAUGCGGACCCCUUUUUUUUUUCGGUAGAAUUUUCGCACAAAAUGAACUAAUGGCGUUAAGUGUUGAACGAGAGUUUUGAGAUCGUCUAUUUAUUGGGUUCUAUUUCAGAAAAACGACUCGUUAAAACGUGUUUAGUUAGCUGCCAGGAAAGAAUCUGAAUUUCUAACCUAAGUGGUCAAAUCCAUUUGCUGAUUUACUUACUUCAGCUCUUAGCCUCAAGUAACUAAGAAUAAUAAUGAACAUUUAUGAGAGAGGCAAUUUGUAAUAAUCAGUUUUUCUGGUACACAAGCGUUUCCUUGUUGUAACAUAUCGAUAAAGAAUUUUUUAAAGUGAGGAAAGCUGUAUCUUGCUUGCUGCCAAAAUAUAUCGUGUUAGUUUUUCA